AUGGCCCACUUCAAGCAAACCAAUCGCCGUCGUUCUUCCUCCUUAUGCCACCGUCACCCUUCCGCUAAACCCACCACUGGUUUCUGCGCCUCCUGCCUCCGUGAACGUCUCUCCACCAUCGAGUCUCAGUCCCCAGCUGCCAUCCAAACCCCUGAGCUCCGUCGUAUCCGAUCCUACUCCGUUCGCAACGCUUCCUCCGCCUUUUCGGAGCAGCCGCGACGGAGAUCGUGUGACGCUAGGUCAAGCGCAAGCUCUCUCCAUGAUUUGUUUGUCGAUGAUGACCUUGAUAACUCGAUUCGGAAGCCUCUCGUCCCCGAUUUGAAAGAGGAAGAGGAAGAUUACUACGACGGAGAAGAAGAUAUCAAAGGUUUUGAUGAGGGAAACCCGAUGAAGAUCGAAGAAAUCGACAGUGGAGAGCACAAGACGAUGAAGGAGUUUAUAGAUCUGGAUUGGGGAAACCAAAUCAAAAGGAAGAAUGGUAAAGAUUUGAAGGAAAUCGCAUCGGUUUUUAGCAGGAAACUGAAGAAUCUUUCGCUGAAUCAUCAGAAGAGCAAGCGAAAUGAGGAAAAAUCAGAUUCCAGAUUCGUCGGAAAUGUGAUUGGUCGUCGUUCGUGUGAUACAGAUCCUAGAUUGUCUCUCGACGGAGGUAGGAACUCGUUCGAGAAGCCUAGGGCUUCAUGGGAUGGAUGUUUGAUCGAAAAAACGUAUAGCAAGCUGACGCCAUUGUCUACUGUGACGGAAGAUGCUAAAACCAUUCCGGAGAAGGUACCGGAAGACGAAGGAGAGGAGAAGAGCCCAGGUGGGACAGUUCAGACGAGGAACUAUUACUCGGAUUCUCAUCGAAGAAGAAGCUUCGAUCGAUCGAUUUCUAUCAAGAGACAAGGAUUGCUCGAGGUUGAUGAAUUGAAAGGUAUCUCAAACGCAAAGGUAUCACCUGAAACUGUUGGCUUGUUUCAUGGUGCGAAGUUAUUGGUUACAGAGAAGGAACUUAGGGAUUCGAACUGGUAUUCGAUCAAAAAUCAUAAACCAGAGGGCAUAGAAUUAGGCUCUAAAGGCAACAUCUGUGUAGCUGCUAGUGUGGGUAAGGAAGUUGGUGUAGAGAUAAAGAAACCUAGAAAGAAAUGGCCCAAGGGAUGGAACAUUUGGGGACUGAUACAGAGGAAAUGCGAGACCAAGAACGAAAUCAAAACCGAGCAAAGUUUGAAACUCGAAGGAAAUGCGGUUGAGGGUUCUUUGGCCGAGUCUCUGUUGAAGCUUAGGAGAGUAGCUAAAGGAGAAACCAAUGGUGGUGUUAGUGAGAAGCUUCUGAAAAGUUACAGCAUAAGCGCGAGAAAGUCGUGUGAUGGCGUGUUUAGUGGAGCUAACAUUGUCAGUGGAUUUGAAGGUGGAAGAAGCUCAUGUGAUGGUCUGUUUCAUGGGUCUAUUAACAGUGUUGAGGUCGGGAGAAGCUCAUGUGACGGUUUGGUUAAUGGCAAACAAAAUCAUCAUCUUCACCACAGAAGUGCAAAUGUUAGUACGUAUGCCCGAGAAAACCUUGACAACAGUCUGUUUAGAUUCUAUUUGACACCGGUAAGGAGCCAUAAGACUAGCAAAUCUGGGAAGAGUAGGCUGAUGAAUUAG